CCCUCCCAGGUGCUGCCUGCAGAGGACGUGUGUGAAGACGGGGAACCCAUGCAGAUUGCACAGAGCAUCUCCAUGUUAACCCCACUUGUCAGUAGAAGGAGUCCAGAUAUUUCCACAGAAAACUCUGAUGAAGAAGAGAUCUCUGUUUGCCCAGAGACCCAGCCGAGUCCACUGGAAGCUCUUGAGGCGGAGAGAGAAGAGCUCUGCCCGAGCAGCAGAGAUGCACCGAUGCAGACUGGUGGAGAUGCGGAUGCUGGCAGGACUGUGUCUGAGUGCAGCCCUCCAGCUGCUGACCAUGUGCUGUGCCCGCUGUGUGACCAAGGUUUUCCAGCUACCAGGAUCCAGCUGCAUGCCAUGUACUGCAACGGCAUCACGGGAGAGGAGGCUGGCGGGGACAGUCCAGUGCUUACCCGGCGUCAGAGGGAGGCGAGAAGUAAAGCUGCCAGUGGCAAAAGCAGCCCAGCAUCCUUAGACAUUGACAAGUGUGAGAAGUGCUACCUCUGUAAGUCACUGGUGCCACUGCUGCAGUAUCAGAGGCACGUGGACAGCUGCCUCCAGGCUGCUAGGCAAGCUCAGGGAACCAGGAGGCUGCGAAGCACCAAGGACGUCAGAAGGCAGGAGAAGGGACUCCUCCGGAUGCUGGAGCUCUCGGAAAGCAAGUCUGCAGGUGCUGAUGCGGGGACCCCUCUCACUGGACUAGGAGACCAACAGUCCCCUCCUGCACCAUCAGCCAGAGCUGGGGGGCCAACGGUGGACAGCCCCAGCUCCCUCCAGCACCUUCCUUUCAAUGUCACCCCUGCAAAACCCGGCAUCUCCUUCUCGGAAGCCACGGACUGUGUGGUGGACUUGGAGCCACACGUGGCUCUUCGCUUGGGCAGCCAGCAG